GAGAGUGGACAUUUGUAGGCUUCCUUCAAUAGGAAAAAUCAUCUCUCUUCACUCAUUACCUCUGCUCUGCCCCCAAUCGUCACGCCACAGUGAUUUCGUGUGAAAAUCCGCGCAGAGACACUCACGAGACGUGCUCGAUACACGCAGAUGGAGUGUUGUUAACCCCAGAGCCAGUUUGAGGAUGUGAAAGACUGACCUUUGGCUGGAGAAAAUUCAAAUUGGAGGACCUUUUGGUGCAGAUGAGGAGCCUAAAUUUGGGGCAAAGUGAGAAAUUUGUAGGUCAUAUCGUGGUCAUUGGCUGGUUGUGAGUGAUUAAGUUUCAGCCAGAGUGAGGCUCUUGCGGUGAAAAUCGGCAAAUGGUGGUGGUAAAACACUCCCUCGACGGUCAGGAGGCACGCUAAAAAGACGGUGAACAAUUUCAGUGGAUGUGUCGUGGCUGCGGGAAAGAGUUUCGCCUCGCUCCGGCCCUCGUCCUCUUCCGGCACCACAGGAAAGAUUGUAAUAUGUCAGUGAGACGACAGUUGGCGACCAAUUGGAUUCGUGAUAGUCAUUCGGCCGCCGCCGAGGGUCUCAGUGGACUGGGCAGCGUGGCGAGGAUUGUGAUCACGGCCAGGAUCUACUAAUGCAGUGGCGGAAGUUCACGCGACUGAAAGCUGCUACUGGACAUUCGCGUACGCGAAGAAUGCUUUGCUGUGGACGGAGAAAGGAAAAUGGAAGAUCUGUGCCUGACCUCACUGCCAGUCCGGGCCGAGCUCCGCCUGGACCAAUGCCAAGCAACCAAGGGCCCAUCAUCUCGCAACAGCGGCAGGGCGUCAAGGAGCCCGUCCUCCUGCAGGGUGACUUCCGGAAGGUCUCUGGCAUCAGCUCCGAGAUUUUCCGGCAAAUUGAGGCCGUGGAGAAUGACCAUGACCCGAGCACAGCGGCCGCCCUCGAGGCGGUCGAGAGAAGGGGUGAAAUGAUUGUGCGAAUUCUGGAGCCGCGAUGCAUCGGCGGUCGCAUGGCAGUCGAGGCGGCGCAGAAACUAAUGACAAAGGGCGAUGCUAGGCACACGGUUCAGUUGGUGGAAAUUGUCAAACGACCCGGUCAAACUCUCGGUCUGUACAUCCGCGAGGGAAAUGGAGCUGAUCGAUCUGAUGGUGUUUUCAUAUCACGAAUCGCUCUGGAGUCGGCAGUUUACAACAGCGGUUGUCUCAGAGUUGGCGACGAAAUCCUGGCAGUCAAUUUGGUGGACGUGACUCGAAUGUCUCUGGACGAUGUUGUCAUUAUCAUGUCGAUUCCGCGGCGACUGGUCUUGGCCAUCAGACAGCGACGAGGCGGCAGAGGCGCCAACUCCCCGGGGCCCCCAUCGCUCACGAGGCCCGAGCAGAAGCCGCCGCCUGUGGUGGUGAUCAAGAGGGACUUGCGCGAGGAGGACUUGGACAUGAUGGAGCAGGACAGACCAUCUCGAUCGAGGUCAUCGCGUGAGAGACGCACAGGCGAUGGCAGAGAAAUGACGGAGUCUCGCUCGAGACUGGGUCUCGGUCUGAACAACUACAGCCCUCAGAGUGAGCAGCUGGAUUUGUACUACAACAGUCGACCAAGUGCACAAAGCGAGCCACCCAGCUGGGGCUACAAGCCCCCGCCCCCACCCUCUGUCAUCACCGAACAACCCAAAGGUGCCCACCAGUUCACCCCAUCCCAUGCUUACUACCAGAACGCCGGCACACUCGAGAGUCUCGCCGAGAAAGUUCACGCUUUCUAUCCCAGCGAUGCUUAUGGUCCCAGUCGACGUAUGUCAGCGGGCGGCAUAGGAUCCAGCCAGUCCCACCAGAGAUUCCCUAGAAGUGGCUCCGAUCAGCAUCUUCCGCGUGUUGAGUAUUCAGAUUUCUCGUCACUUGGACGUCAUUCUCUGCUGCGCUCUAGUCUGAAAACAGGUACCCCCACGGGAGGAGGAACUCUUGGUCGCUAUGGUCGCUACGAACCACCGUCUCGCACGCCCAAGUACGGGGUCACCCCAUCUUCCACCCUGGCGCGGCGAGCCCGCCCCACGCUCGACUACUCCAGCGACACAGAGGCCACCAUCGGGCCUAGGCCUAGCUACUACUACUACAACCGACCCGCCCUGCCCAGCCUCGUGAGCUCAGGUAGAGCUAGUGUGGCUGGCAUGGGUCCUGACCUGGGCAAAUUCAAUUCGCUGCCGCGCGAGCGUCCCAGCGCCGCUCGCCUGGGCCUCAGGAGUCGCUUGGGAGAUCGCCUGCUCGACGAGGGUGACGGAAACUGGUCCGGACCCGAAUUGCCGCCCCGGGAUCGCGUUGCCGAGCUCCGCUCGCGCUUGGCAGCCAGUCCGUCUAUCUUCACCUCGGACGAGUACCGAGCGUGGCUGAGACGGGCGCCCAGCAGUUCCGCCAUCAGCGAGCAAAUGAGGGUGUCGCGCGGCCUCCUCGGACAGCACGUGGGCCGCUUCUCUUGCAGUGCCGAGAACAUUCAUGAUGCACUCAAGAACACUGAGAGCAUCUACAGCUCCAGGACGGGCACUCUGAGCUCCACUCUGGAUCGCCACUUGGGUCCGAGGGGAGCCCUGGCCGGGGUUCCCGUGAGGUCUCUGUCGUCGCAGCAUCUGGGCGCGCCGUCCAGCAUCCGGUCGCCCAGCAUGCGACGCAUGAGGCAGCUGCUGGAGUUGAGUAGUGGCCCGGGCAGUCCGGCUGGCAGCAGCAUCAGUGGUCACCAGAGUCCGGCGCCCACGCCAAGUGCCACACUUCCCAGACCCCAGCGUCAGAUCGACAUAAAUCCGGCUGAGUUUGUCAAGUACAAACUUGAGAAGCCUGUGGUGGACGUUAGUGGGAUUUCCGGGAUGCUGUGGAUCCACUUGCUGGCUGGCCGUGGACUCAGAGCCACGCCCGAGGGCACUCAAACUCCCCAACCCGCCGUGCGCGAUCUCUACUGCGUGCUGGAGUGCGACCGCGUGCACAAAGCCAGGACCGUGGUGAGGUCCGGAGAUCUGCAGUUCGACUGGGAUGAGUCCUUCGAGUUAGAUCUCGUCUGCAACCGACAGCUGGACGUGCUGGUGUACUCCUGGGAUCCCCAGCAUCGGCACAAGCUCUGCUAUCGCGGCGCCGUGUCUCUGGCCACGAUUCUCAGGCAGUCUCCGCUGCAUCAGCUGGCGCUGAAGGUGGAGCCGCGAGGGACGAUAUACUUGAGGGUGCGGCACACUGAUCCCUCAACUCUCUACCGCCGCCGCGGACUGCCCAGCCUUCGGGCGGGCUAUCCGCAGCUCUUUGGGGCAGAUCUGGAGACGGUAGUGACGCGGGAGGCGAAGGGGGCGCCCGGCAGUGCGCCCGUUCCUAUUGUCCUGCGCCGUUGUGUGGAGGAAGUGGAGCGCCGGGGACUGGACAUCAUCGGUCUCUACCGCUUGUGUGGUUCAGCCACGAAGAAAAGGCUUUUGAGAGAGGCAUUUGAGCGAAACAGCAGAGCAGUUGAAUUGAGUCCGGAUCAUGUUCCUGAUAUUAAUGUAAUUACUGGGGUGCUAAAGGACUAUCUCAGGGAACUUCCAGAGCCUCUAUUCACUAGAUGUCUUUUCCAAAUGACCUUAGAUGCUUUAGCUGUUUGCUUACCAGACGAUCCUGAAGGCAACGCAAAACUCAUGUUAAGUAUCUUAGACUGUCUCCCGCGGGCGAAUCGGGCAACCCUUGUGUUCCUCCUUGAUCACCUCUCAUUGGUUGUAUCUGCGUCUGACCGCAACAAAAUGUCAGCCCAGGCAUUGGCCACAGUCAUGGGACCUCCGCUGAUGCUGCACUCCUCAGGAAAUGCCGGCGAGAAUGUCGAUCAUGCACAGCCCAUAGCAGUGCUCAAGUACUUGCUGCAGAUUUGGCCACAACCACAAUCCGCUGCAGCUUCAGACAGGUCGACGCAGCGAGCCAAUCGGGCAGCGUGGAAACAGAGCCAGUGCAUUGCCAGCGGCCAAACCACAGGUCUCAUCCAGCCUCCAUACCUCACUCUCAGCAGCAUCCAGCAACCCAUCUCAAGGCCCUCUUCCGCUCUCAGCCACUCUCAGCAGUCGUGCGUCUCCAUCAGCAGUGGCUCUGUUAGCUCAAUCGCCUCAAGCCUCGCCGCUGGUGGCCCAACAGCACCUUCAAUCGGCGGUCUCAGCGGCCUCGGCGGUGCGCGUCCAGUCGCCACCCGGCACACCCUCCCCCGGCAGUAGUUCCGCCUCGUCAUCCGGAUCUGAAUCGGGCACAGACACGGUGAAGAGGGGUGCUUCGCCGGCGAUGAGUUUGUCUUCUGUGGCAUCUGCCUCGACGGUUCGCCUGCGGG